ACCGCAUUAAUGUGCAGACGUAAAAUUCCCCAACAAAUUGAGUUCGUCCGUAGCGGCUCAACGACACGUCCCCGCUCCUACCUGGCGGCGAUCAGCCUCCGGCCACAGGAGAUGGGCACCACCGCAAAGCCCCCUUCCUUCGUCUGCUUGAAGUGGCCUUGGGGCCCUAGCCUUAAUGCGAGCCCUAGCGGCAGCCCAAGCCCCUGCGGUGACCUCGAGCGCCCCUGGCUCUUCAAGUCCAUCUCGACCGUCGCGCAAGGCCUCGUCAUCGCCGGUGACAUCCCCUCCGCUUCCACUGGAAGCGGAGGUCAUGGGGCGAGGUUGUGGAAGCGUCACCCGGGCACCGCGCCGGUGGAGGCGUACCGCGGGGACGCGGAGCAGCGGGCGCUGGCGGCGGCGCUGGUGAGCGCGAGGGCGACCACGGUGCUGGAGUUCUACUCGCCGCGCUGCCGCCUCUGCUCAUCGCUGCAGGGCCUCGUGCGCGAGCUCGAGGACGGUGGCAAUGCAUCCGCGAGCUUCGUGCUCGCGGACGCCGAGGACGACCGGUGGCUCCCGGAGCUUCUGCAUUAUGAUGUCAGACAUGUUCCUUGUUUUGUGCUCCUGGACAAGAAUGGUAGAGCCCUAGCUAAAACCGGAGUUCCAACUAGCAGGCAGCAUGUUAUCGCUGGCCUUCAUCAUCUUCUUAACAUGAAGCAACCAUCUGGGCAGGAAGGAAAGAAGAGUCGAUCAUGAUGACAAUUUCUUGCGCAUGAUCUGUAAUCAUGGAUCGUAUCUGAUAACACAUUUUGUUUGUUAACCAAGCAUAGACAAUGUUGGAAAAAAUAUUUUUAGCCAACUCAUAUAUGGUCAGAAUUCUAGAAGUUGAUGUGGUGUAAUUAGAAUGUGGGAGAUUGUGCUGCUUUUGUGUCUUUUUUCCUGAUGAAUAGCGGUGUAUCUGAAUAUACACGCUGGAAUAUUCUUCUGAAAUAAUUCAUCAUGAUUUCUGUUUU